GGCUGCUGAGCUCCGAGAUGGCGAGGCCGAUCAUUGCCCCCGUGAGCGUCAACGCCACGGCUCCGGAAGCCUUUGAGGUCCUGAACCAGAGGAUGCGAGUGGUGGAGGAGCAGACGAGCACCUUGCUGAAGGACAUGGAGGCGCUGGGCGCAAACGGCUACAGUGUGGAGUUUUUCCCCCCCAAACCUGCAGAGCAUGCCCAAGACCACCAGUCCAUCAGCCCCCUUUGCGCGAGGGUGGCGUUUGUGGGCGAGAACGACCCGCUGUGGAAGCAGUGUGAGAAGCUGGUGAGCCGGAUGUGCCGCCUGGAGAGCAUUGUGCAGACCCUGAAGCUGAAUGUCUUCCGGCUGCAGACGGAGAAAGAGCUGAACCCGCAGCACGCAGCCAAUCUGGAGCGGCGCUUAAACGCAAUGCAGGAGGAGCACCUCCAGGAGCUGCGGGUGCUCCAGGCGGAGGGGAGGACCCUGCGCCAGCAGCUGAGCGACUCCCAAGAGGAGGCGGAAAAGGCCCGCGAGCGGACGGAACGGCUCAGCGCUGCCCUGGAGAUCGCCACCGCCACCAAGAGAGACGUGGCCAUCGCCGCAGAGGAGCUGAGGGCGACCAAACUUAAGAUGGGUCACAGCCUGCAAGAGCUAAGAGAGCAGCUCUCUAAGGAGUCUGGCACGAGGAAGUCUUUGGAAGAAUCCCACGGAGUUCUGCUCUAUCGGGUGCAGGACAUGGAGCAGACGGUGGAAAAAGAACGGAAGCAGGUGCAGCUUCUGCAGCAGGACUGCAAUGGCCUCCGCCAGGCUGUCCAGACGGCUCAUGAGCGGCUGCAGGAGGCGGAAGAGAGGGCGGGCCAGCUGGAGCAGGAAGGCGCCAGGCUCAGAGCUGAGCUAGAAUCCCGAGAGACCGCCGUUUUCAAGCUCAGUGAAGAAGAGAAAGCUGCCCAGCUGUCUUUCAGCAGAGAACACGAGGAGAACCUGAAGCUGCGGUCGGAAAUAACCGCUUUACAGGAGAUGGCCGGGAAAGUUCAAGUGCUCAAUGAGCAGUUGAGCCAACAGUGCGCGGAACUGAGCGAGACACUUCGGCGCGUCACCGUGGAGAACGCUAGACUGAUUUCGGACCACCAGGCUGCCCUUAAGGCCGAACAGGACAGAAUUAACCAGAAGCUGCAAGAGCAGGACUUGCUUCUGGAUGCCGCCCGGGCCAGCAUUACGGGGGAGCUGCAGAACUUGCAGAAAGAAAAAGUGGAGCUUCAGAGAGAGAUGGAAGCGCUACGUGCCGAGCACGCCGACUGCAAGCAGAGAGCCCGUGACGUCGCGGUGGCCACGGCCACCCAAAAGGAGCACCUGGAAGCUACGGUGACCAGGCUGCAGAACGAGCUCGAGGCAGCGCUGCAGGAGAGGGAAUCUCUGGUGAUGGAGAAGGAGAGGCUGGAGGAAGAGAUGCAGAGAACCAUCCGUGAAAUGUCGCACGAGAACAACAGACUGGAAGCAGAAGUGACUGGAAAUCAGCUGCAGAUUGGCUCCUUGAAAGAGAGGCUGGCCACGCUAGAAGCCGAAAACCGAAAAUCAGCCGAGCGGGAAGCGGCCCUGGAACACCAGCUGCACGACCAGCAAGAAGUGGAGCGGGCUCUGGCCAAGCUGACAGACGACAAAAAUAAACUGGCAUCUGAGAAAGGAAGCCUUCAGAUGAAGGUACAACAGCUGGAAGGAGAGCUGCAGCCCUUUGCAGAGGCCCGCGCCGAAAACAGUCGGCUUCAUAAGCUGAACGUGGCCUUGGAGACCAAAUACAAUCAGGUGAAUGCAGAACUUGGCUCCCUCAAGGUGAGCACGCAGAAGAUGCAAGCGCAGCUUAAACAGACACAGUCUGCCCUCGACUGCCGAGAGGAGGAAUAUUUGCUGACCAUCAAAUCCCGUGACGAGGCCUUGAGGGAGAACCAGGAGAUCAAGAAGCUGAUGAGUGCCAGCGAAGAAAGAGGGAAACGGAAGCUGACAGCUCUGCGGCGCAAGCUGGAAGAAGCCAACGGGGACAAUCACAGAGUGACCACCUUGCUGGAGAACGUGGUGGCGUCUCACAAGAAGAUGGAGAAGGCUAUGGAGAAGGCGCACACGGAGCUGGGGCGCAAGGAUUCGGAGAUCAGCGGCCUGCGGAGGGAGAGGACCCAGAGCCAGCAAAGGAUUCAGAAGCUGGAGGCAGAGCUGGAACAGUGCCACAGCCAGAUGGCCGUGGAAUCUCCGCCGGGUGCAAAGACGGACCAGCUCCGCAAAGUCCUGGAAGCGACGAAAGGGGACAACAAGAAGCUGGCCGAAAACCUGGAGCAGACGCUGCAGAGCAAGAGCUUCCUGCAGAACAAGGUGGCCGACCUGCAAGAAGAGCUGGAGCUCAAGGAAGCCGCGUACCAGAAACUGGUGAAGUGCAGGGACCAGCUGAUCGAGGACGCCAAGAUGGAGGCUCAGCUGUGCGCCGAACGCCUGGAGACGCUCAAGAAACAGUUCCAGGUGGAGCGAGAAGCCGUCAAGAAAGUGGCCCAGAAGGAACUGGCAGAGAUGAAGGCGGCCCUGGAGGAGGCCCGCUCUAAGUCCACGGACGUGUCCCGCUGCAACAGGGAGUUGCGGGUCAAAGUGAUGGAGCUGGAGGAGGCGCUGGUCAGUCACAAGGAGAGAGUGAAGAGGCAGAAAGUGCUGAUCACCCAGUACUUCAGCUCCAAGGCAAAUAACACCCGGAACGCAGAGAGGAUAAAGGAAAUCGAACAGGAGUUGAGGCAAAUGGAAGAGAUGAAGGAGCAAUACCAGAAGAAAAACCAAGAGCAGUCUGUCAGCAUCAAGGAAUUUAUCACCGAGUUGGCAAAGCUGCAAAGCGAGAUGCAGCAACUGGCCCGGAAUCAAGAAGAGGUGGCUAUGCAGAACAGACACCUGGAAAGCCGGCUGGAAGUCGAGCAGCAGGAAAGGCAGCAGCUGGAGGAGCAGUGCAAGGCUCUGGAAGAGACAGUCAGAUGCUUGAAGAAAUGCAAGGAGGAUACAGAAAAGAAGUUGAAAGAAGCCAGUAUAGAGUCGGAACAGAUAACGGCUAAUUUGGAGGAAGCGCAUCACUGGUUCAAGUCCAAGUUUGACAGCCUGCAGCGAGAGCUCGCCAAACACCGGCAGCAGAGGGUAUCGGAAGACCAAGGUUACAAAGAAGAGGAAAGACCAGAGAAACUCCCCAGCCAGGCAUGUCUGAAGCGCUGGGAGACCAAACAGCACCUGAAGUUCCUUGCGAGAAAGUAUCUCGGCUGA